AAAAUUGAUAAUUUCGCAUUAAUUUUGAGUUCAUUCCUCCUGAAUUAGUUCUGUUUUACAGUUGCAUUCCAGUUUCGUUCGGCGAGAAGCUUGCUUAAGCCAUUCAAGUGAUAUUAGACCCUGAAAAAUGGAAUCGUAUUGCAUUUUUUAAUCGCUUGCUUGCUGCCUGUUUACCAACGCUCGCAAUUUCCUUCGGAAAUGGAAGCAAUUGUGCAGGAUCUCAACAUUCCGAGACGGCAGAUCCGAGAAACCCGUCGCCCGAAUCGGUUCCAGCUUCUUACCCACAAGUCAUGGUUGAAAAAUAUAUCGCAAGGGGGAAAAGUCCCCGCCGAGUUUCCCGUUUGCAACAUAGACACUCUCGAAUGGCCUGCCACGGAUUCGGGCUCAGUUUGGUCUAGAGUCUACAUUUCCGUGCAUCGAAAGCAACCCACUCGAGUGAUUCCACUGCCCCGCAAUAAGCUGCUAGCAAAUCUCAACUGCAGCGAUGCGCAUCUGCCUGAGAACGAAGACCCUCUUCAUUAUUCUCAACUGCUUCAGUAUGUAUCGCAAACUAAUCACAAGAAUCUAUGGAAGGCCGCCUAUCGCAAGUAUGCCGCAUCCCAUUCUGUACAAAACAUGUCCUCAUAUUCGGCCCAGCAUCCGCUAGACUGUACGAGCAAUAUCAAUGGUACAAAAAAGCAACAACAACUACAGCAGGACAAUAAUAGUAACAUAUCAGCGGCGGUACUUCCGUACGAUUUUGUGCUGCGGGAAGUGAUCGCGCGCACCUACGGGUGUCGGAUUGUGCGGCUUGAUCUGACAGAAAGUGACGAACAUUCGCAGAUACCGAUAGUUACCGCUCAAGGGCACGCAAAUUUAUAUCCAGCUUUAGUGGCCCUUGAAACUGGACAGGCUUUGUAUGUUGUAUUUGAUCAAUUUCUGGAGAACACUUUGCUAGAUUGCGUCACAUACAGCUCGGCAAUUUUGGAGAAAUCUCACAACAAACCCCUGUUUUUGGUUUACCAAUUGUUGAAUCUUAUGAAAUCGUUGCAUGAUCGAGGUCUGAACAUGGGGAAUGUGGGCUUAGGAGACAUUUACAUGACGGAGAAUUUGUGGUUAAGAGUUAUAACGGAUCUAGAGGCUAAUCUGGUGGAAUUUAAUGAAGAAGUUCAGCAACAAUUGGAUGAACUAGGUUCACGACGAAUGAUUUUAAGCAGAGAAUCUAAGGUGAGAUUAAUGAAGGGUUUAGAUCUGAAGUACAAUCUAAAAGAUUGGUGUGAAUUAUGGUGCCACGGGCAAUUAUCCAACUUUGACUACCUCACAAUACUCAAUAAUUUGGCUGGAAGAAGGAUAGGAUGCGCAGAGCAUCAUCAUAUCAUGCCUUGGGUAACUGAUUUUUCAACAAGGAAUGGACAGAUUUGGAGGGACUUAAAAAAGUCCAAAUAUCGAAUCAAUAAGGGAGAUGCACAACUAGAUUUGACGUUUCAGGCUGCCUUAGGAACGGAAGGAACGGUUCCACAUCACGUGUCAGAUGUUCUGUCUGAAAUAACUUACUAUGUCUACAUGGCCCGCAGAACGGCAAAGUCUGUUUUAUGUAAACACAUACGACCCAUUUGGGUGCCGGCAGAAUAUCCAAUAUCGAUUCAGCGCUUGCAGGAGUGGACUCCGGAUGAAUGUAUACCGGAGUUUUUCACCGAUCCAUCAGUUUUCAAAAGUAUUCACGAGGACUUGCCUGAUCUCGAAGUUCCCAUUUGGGCCACCUGUCCGGAAGACUUCAUCGCAAAGCAUAGAGAAGCUCUCGAAAGUCAAUAUGUAUCAGAAAAACUUCACCAUUGGAUUGACCUCACUUUCGGGUACAAAUUGACAGGUUCUUCAGCGGUCAAAUCUAAAAAUGUCUGUCUAUCUCUAGUGGAUAAACAUCAAAAUCUCUGUCAGCGCGGUGUAGUGCAACUGUUUACUGAUCCCCAUCCUCCUCGACAAUUUGCCACAAUUUGGAAUGGCAAAACGCCUCCUCGUGUGUAUAGCCACCAUGAAUCUCGCCAGCGACUUACCCGAAGCUCAGAGGAUCUAUCUCAUCAGGGAUCUAAUGCGGGAGAUUCCGGCUUUUAUCCAGAUUACUCAUCGUCUCCACAAAGUCGUUAUUCAUCGCAAAAUCUUUACAACACUAGCGGAUACAAAACGGAAUCCAUGGAGCGUUCCACUAGUUAUCAUAUUACUGUUCAACCUCGUCUCCCAUCCGUAGUAAUUCUGCCAAAAAACUACAAUCCGGUUGCUCAACUGAACGCCGUUGAAAAUCUUGGGACGUUUGUGAAUAAAACCUUCCACUCAUCCGUCGCAACGUCUGGUGAGUCUGCUGUUAAAAACAAAACAAUUGAUGAUGAAUUCGAAUUGUGGAACAUCAGUACCGGAAGUAGCUGCUACCGCGAAUCCAGCUACGAGGGUAAUUCCUUCACGAACCGGCUGUUUGCCGAAGCCUACGAGGCAUCACUUUUAAAAGACAGAAAAAUGUUUCAAAAUCUUCGUUCACAAAAUCAGUUGCAUCAGGUUAAUUCUAAGCAAACUUUUAAACAGCUGUUAUUGGACGUUCGGACCAAAGAUCUCAAAAUCCUAGGCUGCUUGAUUGUGGAAUUGUUUUUGGCUGCCAAACUGCGACCUCAUGGCAGUUGUCUUCCACAGGAUUUCGAAAGCAGACUGGAAGCCUGUACAAAAUUGGUCAAAAAAGAACCUCGGGCAUUACCCAUCGGCGUUUUGUAUGCAGUAAAGUUGCUUCUUGGCAUUGAUAUAUCGGAAACCGAAGCUAUCGUAACGGAGAAAGGUUUACCUCAGCCUUCACCCCAUCAGUUUCUCCAGCCGCUGCUUGCUAAUUUGCUGAUACCAUUUCCUGCACAGUACUUGCGCGUUUAUCAAGUUCUUAAAGCUCUCAGCCACUUCGAAGAAUGUACAAACCUGCUUGAUUUAAAUACGUACUAUGAUUGUGAUGGCAAAAAUUGUGCACGGUUUGUUAACGUUGAUAAAAUGCGUACUGAUUUUCGCAGAAGAAUCGCCGAGUGUAAAAUCAACUGUUGCGUUACCCUAAGCGAAGGUCUGUUGGAGCCCCGCGGUCAUGAUCAGUAUUCUAUGGUGGAACUUCUACUGCCACAUUUCAUAGAACUAAUAAAAGCUGACGACACUUCCAUACUGGCGGCAUGGAAUCUCUUUGACGCAAUUUCUACCGCUCUAGGAGUUCAGCAAACCAAGCAGCAGCUUCUUCAACCGAUUCUUUUGCUGUAUGAAUCCGAUGAUACCGAAAUCCGAAUUACCCAACAUCAAAACAAGUUUCCAAGCGAUCAAGCGACAGUAAAGUUCACACGCAAUACCUCAUUCAAGUCGCGAAAAUCUGUCAAGCUCUAUCAUCACAGCUUCUUACUGAAGUUGAUUGUUCGCUUCGGAUUGCGAUGCUUCCUGGAAAAUUUCAUAGCACCACUAGUAGAAGCCGUUGGAGGCUAUAAAGAUACUGAUUUGAAUCAACCUUAUCAUUUCCAUGAAAAUGUCCCUCGUGCGGGCGAAUUCAAACGUUCGCGGUCUUGCAGAAACUUUCAGCUGAAAACUGCGAAUAGCUCCUCCGAUAGUCAAGAGCCGAAUUCCGGAUCGAUUUCGAACACUCUAAUAUCACCGGAUGCUUCGGACAGGACGCUCUCACCGACGUUGGCACCGAAUUUGCCUCUGGAUAAUGCAUCAAUCGAUGAGGAUAUUGAGGAAAUGUUCAGCUUCGACGACGAUGCUGGGCGAGCUAAAAAGAAGCAAUAUAUGACGGUGAUAUCUGUAGGCGGCGAGGAUGUCAGUGACAAUGAAAUGGAAUCCGCCAUGAAAAAGAUCAUUGAAGAUUUUGAUAUGAAAGCUGAUAACAGCAGUUUCGAUUUACCACUGAAUCAUUCGCAAGCUGAAGAAGCGAUCGAAGAUGCGUUAGAGGAUGAAGCAGGAGGGAAUAAAGUAGAUGUAAAGUUGAACAUUUCCGGAGUGGCAGCAGAUCCUGUGGGAACGGACAAGGGUGAUCCGAAAUCGCCAACCAUUCCUAUACCUUCUUCUUUCCGGAGAAGUUUCGAACUGAAUUCUAUUGGAUGUGAAAUCGGAAGCAAAAAGAGCGUCGAUUCACUCGAGUAUCUUUGCAAAACUCCACGUGAUGAAAAGCCGGAUAGUGGAAGUAAAAGUGCUGGAAACCAGGCUCCCAGUCAUUCGAAAACUCCAGAACCUAGCAAAACUAGAUCUACACGCAUCUCCGAGAUGAGUUCCGAAAGCUUGAUCUGGUUAUCGCAUAGGUUAGGUCCCGUGUUAACAGCUCGUUACCUAACCAGAAAUCUACUGAAAAUGCUUACGCUUUGCUACGUGGGACCAGAGAAUCUCGUUCCGAGCGACAAUCCUAUUGCAAACCGUACUACUGGCAGUCUUAACUACUUCACCAUCGCCAACGGAUGUGUCACGGGUGAUGAAGCAGCCCAGCGUGUGCUUGAGUGUCUCACCUCAAUAUCGGCUUUGUUCGGAGAUCAGUUUAUCCUUCUGCAGUACUUCCCUCAUGCCAGCGAGUUAAUUGCUCUUUGUCGUAAAAAAAUGACGCCAACACUGGAAGGCGGUCUCAUAAGCUCUUUGCAGCUGGUAAAAUGCCUCAUUCCAUAUUUGAACGAUACUACCAUCAUGGAUCAGGUUCAGGAUUUCCUCCUACGCUCAAUCAUCCAUCCAAUCAUUCGCCUGUUGGAAUCCACCAAAUUUAUCAUGCCUAAUGGUUUUCUAGCGCGAUCAGUUCUCGCACGUAAGCUGAUUGACACAUUAUAUGUAAUCUCAAUUCGAAUAGGACGCGAGAUGACCCGAGAACACAUUUGUGUUCCUGCGUUGCAACGAUUCUUUCUAAUUUUCGACAAAGCAUAUGGACUAAACGAACAUUUACGAGAACUAAAGCCACCCGAUUCUAGUCCUUCAAGCUCAGGAACGGAUGACUCCAAUUACAUCGAAUUCCGUCGAGAAGGUGGCACACGCGAACUCAAGAUUCGGGGGCAAGAAAUACGGCAAGUUGUUGCCAAAGGUCAAGAACCACUAGACAGUUACACUCCUCCGAGCGCCUUAGAUUUGCCGCAUUCUUCAGCCAGCUACACCGAAACUGGACCGACCAUGAUUCAAGGUUCCGUUCGGUCUAAAGCCCUUGAAGAGAUUCGUGAUGUUUUCACGCCCAAUCUUGCCUAUUCUUGCUUUGUUCCUUUUCUAAACUACCUCGGUCAGCACGAAAUGUCACAAACGCUUAAAAAUAUGGCACUUGUUCUGAACCUGUGCCACGAUCACGAACAGCCGGAAUAUGCAAGUACUAACCACACAGACAAAGUUGAUUUUGACCCGCACGAGGAAGAUGCGUCUCAACCUGAAUCUCUGAAUUGUUCCAACACGUUUGGAUCCAACAUCAUCGGUAAUCGGAUCGAGGUGAAAUCCGAUUCUAACAAAAUAGAGCUCGAACAGAAGGAACUGCUUGGAAUGGUUACUUAUCGAUUAGAACAGGUCAAUAGUUCACGCAAUCUGCGAGGGAACUGGUUGGCCUACUGGGAACACGAGAUCGGACGUGCCGAUAAAGAUCAACGGUUUAAUUUGAAACAGAUCAAGCUUCAAACCUAUAGCGGGCAUAGCAACUCGAUUAAAGCGAUAUUGGCGUUGGAUAAUGAAAACAGUUUCAUUUCCGGAUCGAAAGACAAAACCGUAAAACUGUGGUCGUUACGCAGCGAAGGAGACGGAAGUAAAGUAUCCUCCUGUCAGUUUACCUACAGCAAUCACCGUAAGUCGGUGCAUUCCCUAGCAUUUCUAGAGUCGUUAAGACUUACAAUUUCCUGUGAUGCUGGCGUGCAUCUGUGGGAUCCGUUCGUCGGCUCUCAGAUUGGCCAAUUGGAUGUUCCAAAGUACACUCCAGUUUCGCUGGUGCGAACGCUUCCUUCGCCAAGCUGCCUGGUAUUGGCUGGAACUGCUGAUAGCUGCGUUAAGAUGAUUGACGCGCGUACCUUUAGUUACUGUCAAGAGUGGCGAUUAUCGAACGCACCGGUCGGUUCCGUGCGAUCCAUUGCCGUCGCUCCGUCUGGAUUGUGGAUCGGUGUUGGCCUGAGCUCCGGCCAAAUAACCGUAUUAGACGCCCGGACUGGUUUCAUAAUAUCUUCGUGGCGAGCGAAUGAUAGUGACCUACUGCAGUUACUAGCGCCAAAUGACAGCCAACUGAUUAGCACCAGUCUAGACUAUUCCGUGAGCGUGUGGAACCCAAACACCGGAAAUCUGCAAUUUAACUUGAAGAAUCGUCCUGAACCAGUACACUGCUUAGCAAGCAACGGCCCGGAGCUUAUCGUGGGAACGCCAACAAAUCGGAUCGGCGUUUAUGGGUUCGUCAGUUCCGAAACCAAUUGUUGGUAUACGAAGCUCCGAUCGGAGACUUUCAGGGGGGUUCUGACGAGCUUUGCGCUGUUGCCGCUCAAUCGGAUGCUACUGGUUGGCGGGGACAAUGGCAAUAUCAGUUUAUUAUGCUGAAUUCUGUGUGCAAUCCUUCCCUCCAUGAUCUCGCUCAACCCCGUUACUUUUGCAUUCCGAGCCCUACAACGGAAGAAUGGAUUAUUUUUUAUAGAGUUAAUGUGAGUAUGCGAAUAUUAUACAACUUAGUGAAAAAAGUAUUAUCCCUAGUGUGGUGAAAUCUGAA